AUGAAGAAACAAUGGAAGAUAUCAUCACAAAGGCAACCACCCAAAGCUAUGAUUAGAAUCUUUGGUUUUGGAUUGCUGUUGCUGCUGUUAUUUAUGCCAUCAUCAUCACAAGCCAGAGAGUUGUCUUCACAGCAAAGUAGCAAUAAUGAAGUUGUGGGGUUAUUAGCCUUCAAGAAAUCCUCUGUUCAAUCUGAUCCGAAUAAUUUAUUAUCCAACUGGUCUCCCAAUUCUGCAACUCCAUGUUCAUGGUCAGGCAUAUCUUGCUCUAAUGGUUCCCAUGUUACUACUCUCAACCUCAUCAACGCUGGUCUCAUUGGAACCCUAAACCUCUAUGAUCUAACUGGGGCCUUGCCAUCUCUCAAACAUCUUUAUUUGCAAGGCAAUUCAUUCUCUGCUGCUGAUCUUUCUGCUUCAUCUCCUUGUGUUCUUGAGACUCUUGACUUGUCUUCAAACAACAUCUCUGACCCUCUUCCAAUAAAGUCCUUUUUUGAGUCUUGUAAUCAUCUCUCUUAUGUAAAUCUCUCUCAUAAUUCCAUUCCUGGUGGUUCCCUUCGAUUCGGUCCUUCCUUGCUACAGCUUGACCUCGCUCACAAUACUAUUUCCGAUCCUACCUGGUUGACCUACUCUCUUUCUACCUGCCAGAACUUGAAUCAUCUCAACUUCUCCGAUAACAAGCUUGCUGGAAAACUUGGAGUAACUCCCUCGUCUUGCAAGAGUCUAUCCAUUUUAGACCUAUCAUACAAUCUAUUCUCUGGGGAGAUACCUCCUACGUUUUUUGCAGACUCGCCAUCAUCUCUCACCUAUUUGGAUCUCUCACACAACAACUUCUCUGGCAGCUUCUCCAGCCUUGAUUUUGCUCACUGUGGCAAUCUUACUUGGCUCAGUUUGUCACAAAAUAGGCUCUCUGGCAGUAGAUUUCCAUUUAGUUUGAGAAACUGUGCGCUUCUACGGACGCUCAACCUCUCCCAUAACGAGCUGCAAUUCAAGAUUCCUGGUGCCUUGUUGGGGAGUUUCACGAAUUUAAGGCAGCUGUCUCUGGCUCACAAUCUGUUUUAUGGUGAUAUUCCUCUUGAGUUGGGACAGACCUGUGGAAAUCUACAGGAAUUGGAUCUAUCAGCAAACAAACUCACCGGUGGCUUGCCGCUGACUUUUGUAUCGUGUUCUUCUAUGCAGAGUCUGAAUCUUGGCAACAAUCUGCUCUCAGGGGAUUUCCUCACUGCUGUUGUGAGCAAACUUCAAAGUUUGAAGUAUCUGUAUGUUCCAUUCAACAACAUUACCGGUACCGUGCCUCUGUCUCUUACAAAUUGUACCCAGCUUCAAGUGCUUGACCUCAGUUCCAAUGGAUUUACUGGGGAUGUUCCUUCUAAGUUGUGUUCCUCCUCAAACCCAACCGCGCUGCAAAAGUUGCUCCUAGCUGAUAAUUACCUAUCAGGAAAAGUUCCACCAGAGCUUGGAAGCUGCAAGAACCUCAGGAGCAUUGAUCUUAGUUUCAACAACCUGAUUGGACCAAUUCCCUUGGAGGUUUGGUUCUUGCCAAAUCUUUUGGACUUGGUUAUGUGGGCGAACAACCUCACUGGUGAGAUACCGGAAGGCAUUUGUGUUAAUGGUGGAAACCUUGAGACAUUGAUUCUCAACAAUAAUCUCAUCACAGGAAGCAUUCCGCAGUCCAUUGCCAAUUGCACCAAUAUGAUUUGGGUUUCCCUUUCCAGCAACCGGCUUGCUGGAGAAAUUCCUGCGGGCAUUGGAAAUCUAGUUAAUCUGGCUGUUCUCCAAAUGGGUAACAAUUCACUUACCGGGCAAAUACCACCAGAGCUUGGCAAGUGUCGGAGCCUCAUUUGGCUUGAUUUGAACAGCAACAACCUGAGUGGUCCUCUCCCACCUGAGGUUGCAGACCAAGCUGGCCUAGUUGUUCCUGGAAUUGUAUCUGGGAAGCAGUUUGCAUUUGUAAGAAAUGAGGGAGGGACAUCAUGCCGAGGAGCUGGGGGACUGGUUGAAUUUCAGGGGAUCCGGGCAGAAAGGCUGGAAAAACUUCCUAUGGUUCACUCUUGUCCAACAACAAGAAUUUACUCUGGCAUGACAGUUUAUACUUUCAUCACCAAUGGCAGCAUGAUAUUCCUUGAUCUUGCCUACAAUUCGUUGUCAGGAGCUAUCCCUCAAAAUUUUGGUGAGAUGAGCUAUUUGCAGGUCUUGAACUUGGGGCACAAUAAGCUAAGUGGAAAUAUUCCUGAUAGUUUUGGAGGUUUGAAAGCAAUUGGAGUUCUGGAUCUCUCACACAAUGAUCUUCAAGGAUUUAUACCAGGGUCUCUAGGGACUCUCUCAUUUCUUAGUGAUCUUGAUGUGUCGAACAACAACCUCACUGGUCCUAUCCCUUCUGGAGGGCAGCUAACAACUUUCCUCCAAUCCAGGUACGAAAACAAUUCUGGUCUCUGCGGGGUACCAUUGCCGCCUUGUGGCUCUGGAGGUCACCCAACAAGGGUUACCAGUCGGGGGAAGAAGCAAUCUGUGGCAGUAGGGGUGGUCAUUGGCCUCACAUUUUUUGUCUUCUGCCUCUUUGGCCUUACAUUGGCUCUUUAUCGAGUGAAGAGGUACCAGCAGAAGGAAGAACAGAGGGAGAAGUACAUCGACAGCCUCCCAACUUCAGGUAGCAGCAGCUGGAAACUUUCAGGUGUUCCUGAGCCUUUGAGCAUCAACAUUGCUACUUUCGAGAAACCUCUUCGGAAGCUGACUUUUGCCCAUCUACUUGAAGCUACGAAUGGUUUCAGUGCUGAGAGCUUAAUAGGGUCUGGUGGGUUUGGAGAGGUAUACAAGGCACAACUAAAAGAUGGCUGUGUUGUUGCUAUAAAGAAGCUAAUUCAUGUCACAGGUCAGGGGGACAGGGAGUUUAUGGCAGAAAUGGAAACUAUCGGGAAGAUCAAGCACCGAAACCUGGUCCCUUUACUGGGUUACUGCAAAAUUGGAGAGGAGAGACUUCUUGUGUAUGAAUACAUGAAAUGGGGGAGUUUAGAGUCUGUUCUUCAUGACAGGUCAAAAGGGGGAGCUCAAGGCUUGAUUGGGCAGCAAGAAAGAAAGUUGCAAUAG